GUUUGUCAUUCUCAGUUUCUUAUCACCAUGAACACGUCACUUCCUUAUCGAUCAAAUGAUAGUGUUGAAUUGCACUAUCUUCAGUUGCCCUGAUAUGGUUGCGCUGGUAAAUUUAGAAUUUCAGAUGACUAGUUUGAACUGUCUACCUCGAAGCAACCUGCCUUGUAUUGUUGUAACGAGAGAGGGACUCGGGUCCCACGAACUGUUUUUCUUUUUGUAGCAACAAACAUUCCCUAAUCGUCAAUAAUAUAAUUAUUUUAAAACACAAUGUCUGACACCAUGAAAAAGUAUCUAAAAAUAUUAAUUAAACACCGUAAAUAAUAUUCCCAAAAAGGAAAAAAACUGGUUUUCGUAUUCACAGGAAUAGGCCUACUGGAAAUAAAAGGUUAAAUUUGUUCUAUCUGGGAAAAAGGUAGAGGAACUUUAGCGUUUCAUUUUUCUUUAGGCCUAACAGGAAAACUUACAUAGUUCGAAACAACUGAAUAAAUAAGGAAAGGCAUUCUCUAAUUCCUCUCGGUGACAAUGGCGUCACACACAAGCACAAGUGGUUCAGGUUAGCGCUACUUGGCAACUGUAAAGCAAUCAAGGCCUUGAUAUAGACCCUCCUCCUUCCUUCCGUGACAGUAGACGGCAUUGACUCAUUGCAAGUGAAUUUAUGGCUGUUCUGGGUGAAUCCAAAGCCAGUCGUAGGAUUUAGGUUCUGAUCGUAUGAGAAAUCCCGGACAACGAUGAUUCUCGAAAUCAUUCUCUUCCUCUCCCUCGUUCUCAUCCUUCGCCAUUGGCUCAAGAGAACCAAGGGAUUACCUCCAGGUCCUCUUAGGUAUCCGAUUUUCGGCUCCGGUUUCACUUUCCAUUUGAAGAAAGUAGAGUACUACCAGAAGAAAUAUGGAGACGUCUUCAUGUUAGAAUUUGCUGGAAGGAAACUUCUCUACAUCUGUGACUACAAACUGAUGAAGGAUGCCCUGGGAAGGACUGAGUUCUCAGAUCGUCCAAAUUUAGAAAGAUUCCACUUCAUGACUGACGGGAGGGAAUCAGGUCUGAGGUAUGACUUACACGACGAGGAGGUCUGCGAUUUCAUCAAGAUCAUGAAAAGGCUCCAGGAAGACGCCUUUGGGUUUUUCAUCCUCGAGACUUGCCCUAUCUUGAAGAAGAUUCUCCCAAAAUAUGUCAUCAACAAAUUCUUCCGAAUGGAAAUUCUGGAUCACACUGUGGCUGCUACAAAGAAGCUGUUUGGGAAAACGAUAGAAGCUAGGAAGGCCGAGCUAGACAUCAACCACGCAGAGAAUGUGAUCGACGAGUACCUCAUUCAGAUGAACGACAAAACAGAAAUAGCAGAGUUCUUCAAUGAGGAAGACUUGAUGACGGUCAUCUUUGACCUGUUCAGUGCCGGUUUCGAGACGACCUCCAUCAUGCUUAGAUGGAUGAUACUCUACGCAGCUAAGUACCCGGAUGUCCAGAAGAGAGUUCAGGAGCAAAUUGACGAAGUGGUUCCUCGUGGGGAGUUUCCCACCAACCAACACAAGUCACAGAGUUUAUUAGUUUAUCUCUUGGUUUUCAUUAUGUUUGUGCUUAGUCUUUUUGUUGUUAACAUUAGUUGGUUAUUUCUUAUUUAUCUUCCUUGUCUUGAUUUAUUGCUAUGUUUAUUCUUCUGUUACACAACUGGGCCUCUGUUCCUUGCUACUUCUAAUGGUCAUUUCAACUUCAGGUUACCUUUGCUGGAAGCCUUCAUCCACGAGGUCCUUCGAGUGAGCUCCCUCUUGCCCUACGGUGUACUUCACGCCACCGGUGCGAAUACCCACCUAGCAGGAUACCUAGUGCCAAAGGGCGCGUUAGUCUUCGCCGUGAGUGGAUUUUCCCAUCAGGAUCCACGCUACUGGGAGAGUUCUCAGGAGUUUAGGAUCGAAAGGUUCCUGGAUGAGGAAGGAAAGUUCAUUCCUCACAAGGAAGGAUUCACUCCAUUUUCGAUAGGCAAAAGGAAUUGCUUGGGAGAAUCUCUGGCCAGGAUGGAAUUGAGCAUCUUCUCGGCGGCGCUGUUCCAGAACUUCACUUUCUCGCCGUUAGAGGGACGGGAGAUCGACCUCACUCCGCAAAAUGCACCCUUGGUGAAUUUAGCGCAGGACCAGGGCAUUCUCAUAUCCGCCAGGAACUGAAUUUGAUGAAUUGUGUAUGUAUUCACACACAAACAAGUCCAUACAGAAACUGUAUAUUAUGCUUUGUACUCACUAUACAGAUAGAUUCACCUUAAUCUUGUAUAAACAUAACUAACGUCGUAUCUAUGUGAUAUCUUGUACAAUGUUUUUAAACUGAAUUUCCAUCUAUCAUUAUGUAAGCUUUAUGUUUUAUUGUAAGAAACUUUUAGGUCCUCAAUAAAGAAUAUUUCAUA